ACCCGUGCGUACCCGUCGUCCGUCGCCGUCGCCGUCACCGUGUCCGCCUGUGAACUGUCGCGAGUGUUCAGCCCAAAGACCGGUGUUGUUUUUCUUUUAUCAUUAGUGCCAUACAUACAAUAGUACUUAGUAGUAAACCUUAGCGCCGACUUUGCACCACUGUCCAAUAAAUCAUGUUCAGGUUUAUCGUUGUCUGCGCUUCCGUCUGCCUGAUCGCCUCGUCCGCCGCCGCCCAACAAGGCCGCAAGAUGGACUCCGGGUUCGGCGACAUGCGAGUCUUGUUCAAAGUGUUCCAGGAGUGUUCCAAGUCACAGUUCGUACCGUGUCUCAAGCACAAGCUGUUGACGGCCAUCGACAGGGUGGGCGAACAGCAGCAAAUGGAGAUCUUCGACGGCGUCAUGUUGGUCAAAGACCCGAACGCGGUGAUCGUCCCGGCGGCCGAAGACGGCGCCAGGUCUGCGGACGAUUCCAAGUUGGACGCCGCCAUCGUCGAAAAGGUGGUCAACUUCUUCAAGACCCGCAACGUGCAGUUCAAGCUGCUCGACGAACAACCCAGAUUAAUGGGCGACGGACGCAAGAAGAACAACAAAUACAACUCGCUGCUGAUGAUGCCGUUCAUGAUGGGCGGUAUGACCAUACCGUUGGCUUUCGGCACACUGGCCCUGUUGGCCGGCAAAGCGUUGAUCAUCGCCAAGCUGGCGCUCGUCCUGUCGGCCAUUAUCGGAUUGAAAAAGCUGUUCGGCGACCACGGCAGCAGCCACGAGUACGUGUCCCACGGCGGCAGCCACUACCGCAGGAGUCUGCCGGGCGAAGCGCUUGCCGCGUCCAACAUGGCCUACAGCUCGUACAUGCCCGUGGCCUACGACCAAGAGUCGGUCCGCAGCACGACCGAAAAUCCAGUUCCGCUGUAGGAGCAUCCGGAGCGGCAGCCUUUGACGACUACACUGCGAUCCGGUCAAGCGACAUUUAAUUUUAAAUAACUGUAUUGUAAUAAUAUUUAUAAUUAUUGACCUCGAGGCCUUUGUCAAAAGCCCGCGAAAGUCGACCGACGGGUCACGUUAAUUUAUUGUAAAAAAACCAAAAAAAAAAAUUUAAAAAACCGACUUUUUUUUUUAUUUACUCUGCAAAAUGUAAACGCCACGU